AUAAAAAGUUUAUCAUUUUACAUUUUCAAUUUUAAGAGAAGAAAAAAAAUUAUUGUCAAUCUAAAAGAAAAAUGGGUCCUUGCACGAUUUGUGGCCAGAAAUUUGGCAAGGGAGCUUCACCGCAUAGCCCGUGCAAAGAGAAGAGGAAAGAACUGACUCAAAACACAGCAAACCUGAAAAGAAUUGUUAACAAAAUUAAGAGAGGGAAAGGGAAAAGGCAAAAUUUGGGUUCCUACAAUGGACUAGAGAAUGCAACGACGGAGUUGGAAAAAAUUGUAGCUCAAAUUCCUAGACAUGUCAUAGAAGCUGAGUAUGGCCGCGGCCAAGAGAAUGAGAUUGACCAAUUGAUGGAGGAAGCAGAAGAAUUAAUUGAUGAGAAAUUAAUAAAAAUGACCUACACAAAUAAUAGAGAAAAUCUUGUUGAAAAAAGCUUCAUCAUAUCUGAAUAA